GUUACACGUGCGAGGUUAAAGUCGAAAGAGUUGGAUGUUUUAUUGAUAAAAGUCGACCACUUGAUAAAUUGCUUGUUUAUCGUCGAAUACCAUACAACCACGAAGAACAAGAGGUUGCUCUGCCACGGUAUAAUGAUCAUGCAUAGUAAGGCCUGUGAGGGCCAUUUUCCAUCUGCCCGCGCGGGUGGAGCAGCCAAUUUUCAUCACGUGAAAAAUCAGUCGCGCGGGUACGCCAAGAAAGUUGAAUGUACACACGUAAAAACGCACAAGUUGUAACAAGUUGUUACAAAUCUGUUCACAAGCUGUCAACAAGUUGUGUUCGCACUUGCUUGUUCUCAGUUUGUUGGAACAAGUUUGAAACAAGCUGUUGACAACUUGUAACAAGCUUGAUGGCAUUACCAGCCUUGUUACAAGACUUACAGCCAUGAUAUAACAAGGAUGUUACAAGGUUGUUAACACAAGGUUGUAACAAUCUUGUUAUAUCAAGCAUGUAACGGACUUGUCAGAACAACCUUGCAACAAGUCUGAUAAUUUCGACAAGGUUGUUACAAGUUAUUCCAAACCUGUUGAAUUGCCAACUUGUGACAAGCAGUGUGAACGGAUUGUUGGCAGACUUGUUACAAGUUGUGCGUUUUUAUGUGUGUAGUUCUACUUUCAUCAUGGCUUGUCCGCGAGCAGUCAGGCGGACAAAAAAUGCACAGGUUAGGCAACUACAGAGAAAGUUGAGUAAUGUUCGCUCCGCCCGCGCAAAACUAAAGACUGCAAUGGAAAAUAGCCUUAAUGAUUACCUACAACGCUUGCGCAUUUAGGCCCCAGUUACACGAUACCGGAUUCGUAUCGGAGCGACAUAAAUUUAAGGUGUUUUCCAGUCUUGUCUGCUCUUACAACUUUUCAUAUUUGAAGUUUUUUUAAAAUUAUGUUAUAUUAUCAUCAUUUUAAGUGCCAAAUUCACCUCGAAGUAGUAAACGAAUGCGGGCCUUAGUAACUGGGCCUUAGUUAGAGACGCACAUUUUGCGUAAUGACGUUGUGCUGUAAUGUUUUAACUACCUGGUUCUGUAUUCUGUGUUUAGACUGUUAUGCGACUGCGCAGUAAAAGCACAGUUACAAGGUUACCACUAUAUUGGUCUUCAGUAUUACGCAGAAUGCUGGACCAGUAGUGAAUCAGAACCACACUAUGGCAGAGAUGGUCCAAGUACAGACAAAUGUUUUAAUGCAGAGUUUCGACCAUGUUCUCAAGAUGAUAGCGAGUGCGUCGGAGGUGCGCGCGCAAAUUUUAUCUACAAAAUUGUUCACCAAG